AUGAUCAAAAUAGUAAAGCGAUCAAUUCAUAUCCGUAAUGUCAUUGCUCAUCAGAAUCAAUACAACACUUUAGAAGAGUAUGAACAUGCUAUUGAAACAUUAAUUCAGUUAGCCUCAUUAAUUUCGCAGCCUGAUGUUGUGGAAGAAAUUCGUUCACUCAUUCGCACAAUUGACAACGAUACACUGCCUGCAAGUCCAGAUUCAUUGAGCGAUUCUACUUUUAAAUCUAAUGUGGCGUGGCAACAACUGAAAGAACAAGGUAAUAUGUGUUUUAGUAAUAAACAAUGGACACAAGCAAUGAAUUUUUAUAGUGAAGCGAUUCAUUUGGAUUCAAAACAAGCUGUUCUGUACUCAAACCGUGCAUUAUGCGAAAUUAAUUUAAAAAAAUAUCAACUGGCACGGGAAGACGCAGAAGAUGCGAUCGAUUUAGAUAAUAAACAAAUAAAAUAUUUUCGUGUUUUAUCCGAAGCUUUAAUGGGUCUAGAGUUAUAUUCAGAAGCAAAAGGUAUUUGCAACGAAGGUUUAAAGAUCAACCCAUGUGAUGAAAUAUUACUUGUUCGGUCCCGGGAUUGUUCAGCAUUCAUUGCCAUUCAACAAACCGAUCAAAAUGCACGAAUCGAUCCCGAAACGUAUGCUCAACAAGCAAUGAAAAUGAGUUUAUCGGAACAUAUGGCCAAAUGUAAUAAUCUUACACCAAAACCGUCAGAUGUACGAAUUAUGACUGAUAUGAGUGAAAUGAUGGAAGUUUAUCAAACAAAUAAUAUUGUAAAUACAGCCCAUAAACAUCGUGAUGGUUUGUUUGGUACGCCGAAAGACGAGCAUAAGGCCAUGAAACUUUAUGAUGAAGCGAGUAAACGAGGGAGUGCGGAGGGUUUAUAUAAUUUAAGCUUGUUCUAUGAACGAGGAUUAGGUGGCCUUGUUCGUGAUUUUGUACUUUCAUUUGAGUGUAUGGAGAAAGCUGCUUUGCAGAAAGCGUACCACAGUGUUAUGGGACAAAUUUUCCCAAAUAUUGGGGUGGCUGAAGCAGAAAAUGGUCUAGGAAAUGUAUAUCGUCUUGGGAAAGGGAGAGAUAUUGAUUUAAAAAAAGCAGUAAAAUGGUAUUUAAAAUCGGCAGAACAUGGUUGUCCUCAAGGUCAGAAUAAUCUUGGUUUUGUACUUCGCAACGGUUUGGGUAUCAAAGAAGAUUUACAAACCGCUCGACACUGGUAUCAGCAAGCAGCUGAGCAAGGUCUUACUGAAAGUGAAUUAAAUUAUGCCGAAUUCUUAGAGGCAGGUUUUGGUGGCCCCGUGGAUUUGAAAUUAGCUGAAGUUUACUAUAAGAAAGCAGCAAAACAGGGUCAACCACGAGCAAUGAAAGGUCUGCAAGAUCUUGAGAGAAGUAUGAGUACUACAUCUACCAAAGCUAAGAAGUGUUUAUCUACCCAAAUAAGUAGUAAAGAUCCGCAUGCUCUUUUCCUGCUUGGAUCUAAUUAUCACACGGGACAAGGUGGUGUGGAGAAAAGUCUUUUUCUGGCUGAGCAAUACUGGAAAACAGCUGCUGAAUUAGGACAUGCUGAGCUGAACUCACCCUCGCUGAAAAUCAAAAUUUCUGCUGAAAAAGGAUCUGGCAUAGCUCAAGGACGUUUGAGUCAGUUGUUUGCUUUUGGUCACGGGUGUUUGAGAGAUGAAAAACAAGCAGCACGUUGGGCACAACGUGCUACAUGUCAAGGUGUUCGCUUAAUGUUCAAAUAUGUCAGAGACGCUGAACCAAAAAAGAUUAAUAUUGAAGGCUUAAUCAGAUGUGGGAAAGAAAUUUGUGACUUUGAAUCAACGUUAGAUUUAUCUACUGAAGGCGUAACUAUUCACGAACGCUUUGAACGUCUUCUUCGAUCACUUUUCAAAGGUUCGCAAAAAGGAAUGGAACUGGUGAGCAAUUUUUCUACAUUGAAUUCUUUUUUGCUUGCCCCGGCUCCUAGUCAUAUAGCACCGUUACCUUCCACUGAUAAGUGGUUGCCUGAAUUGCCUAAACGAGCAGCCCAAGGAUCUGUUACAGCGCGUAAUAUUCUUCAAGCAUUUGACAUUGUGAUGAAUGCAAAACGAUAUCUAUCCACUGGACAAGUAGACGAUGCUCUUUGCCUAUUUCGAGAAGCAUUUCGUUACCAUGACCGCGUAAUACCUGAUUUAUCCACUUUUUUAUCCGCUGCGGAGGAGAAACUAAAAGAAAAUCCAAACAAUUCUAAUGCUAUGUAUGUUGUUGCACGUAAAUUUAACCGUAGUACCUUAGAACAAGUUAAAUAUCUUGAACGUUGCGUAGAACUACAUCCAUUAGAAGCUGAUUUUCAUCAACUGUUGGCUUGUUGUUAUGGAUUUGCUGGUGACUCACAGUGGGCAUUUUUUGCUAGAGCAAGCGGACUUUAG